AUCAUUCAAAACGUAGAAGCAAAUCAUAGCACAACAAAACAUUUACAAAAGUAAAAAAACGAGAACGCAGUAGACAGACUUAAAAAAGUAUUAAAAUUAAAAUAUAUAUUUUGUGAAAAAAUUAUUAAAAAUGAAAUUCCAAUAUAAAGAAGAACAUGUUUUUGAAAAACGUCGUGCUGAGGGAGAUAAAAUUCGCAGAAAAUAUCCUGAUCGUGUACCAGUUAUUGUAGAAAAAGCCCCUAAAGCACGCAUUGGUGAUUUGGAUAAGAAAAAAUAUUUAGUACCAUCCGAUUUGACUGUAGGACAAUUCUAUUUCUUAAUUCGCAAACGCAUACAAUUGAGACCCGAAGAUGCUCUAUUCUUCUUUGUUAACAAUGUUAUUCCACCAACAUCUGCCACCAUGGGUUCCUUGUAUCAGGAACAUCAUGAGGAAGAUUAUUUCCUUUACAUAGCCUAUUCCGAUGAGAAUGUUUAUGGUAAACGCUAAAGCAUUUAGCUGGACUUUGUAUGUAAUGUGAUCGAUAUAUAAAUUUGAAAAA